AUGAAUCCAAAUACUAUUCUUUAUGAACAAACAGUUCCAUUGAAUAUUUCGAUAAAAACUCGGUACAAAACUAAUGUAACUAUAGAAAUAUUAGUUGAUAAUUUAUUUAUUGAAGAAUGGAAUGAUUUUUAUUCAUAUGAUAAAUAUUAUCAUUCUUGUCAACCAUCAUUUUGUUCAUAUGAAAUUCAACAACGACGAAAUUCGAUUUCUAUACUAACAGAAAUCAUUGGUAUAUAUUCAGGAUUAACGAUUAUCAUUAGAUUUCUAAUACCAAAUCUUGUUCGUUUGAUUCGAAGAAGACAAAGACAUGUUCAAGUUACUACAACAUUCGAUCGAUUAAAUAUUCUUUUUCAAUUAUGUAAAACUAAAUUACUUGAGUUGAAUUUAUUUCGAAAUCGAUCAACUGAUUAUCAUACAGUACGAAAACAACUCAUAAGCACACGUUCAUAUUUAAUUACUUUCAUCCUUAUUUUAUCUCUUUGUAUUUUAUACACAUCAUUAACUAACAAACUCAUUACUGUUAAAUUUCAAUUCAAAGAUUUAAAACAAUAUGAACAAUUAUACAAUAAAUAUCCAAACACGUUAACUUGUUCAUGUAAUGAACUAUCAAUAAAAUAUGAAGAAUUUAUUCAACUAACACCAAUUUAUCAUGAAAUUUGUUCAUCAGAUUUUGUUCAACAAGAAUGGAUUGAUUAUUUAUCAGUUAAAGCAAAUAUCAAUGAUCGUAACUUUCAGGCCACAGGAUCAUUUCAAUUUCAAUCUGUAAGAUCAUUAUGUCGAUUAAUAGAAGAAACAGUGGAUUUCAGUUUAACACAACUUUACUCAACAAUAUUUGUCAGUAAUCAAUUGAUAUCGAGAGAUUUAUUUCAGAAUAGAAUCGAUAAUACUGUGGAUUUAUUUAUAAAAUCUACAGAACAAAGAUUCAAACACAUAUUUCAAACUAUUCGUGAACUAUUUCAUGGAAGUGCAGUAUUAACAACUCAUCAAACAAAUUGGGAGUAUGACAUUUUAUUAAAUAAAUUGAAUGAAUACGUAUAUUAG